UACAAUAACAGAGGGUGGGGCACAAGUGGGGCAGGUAUAUAAGGGGCACCCAGAUAGAGUACUGUCUUCCUACAGACUUGGUGCAUCUGGUUCUAGUAACAGAUUUAACUGCAGUGAGCGUGCUGUUACAGGAAUGGUCAUUCUCUCAGAGCAGGUGCCAGAUGAUGACUCAUUCUGCAAACCAUCUUUACCUCUAGGAUCAUCAGGUGAACUCCACAUCAACCCACAAUGUACAAGGCUGGAUACACAUAUCUGCUCACUAAGUUCUUACAGUGAAAGGUUGUCUUAUAUACCUAAUUCAUAUUUCCUUUGCAAAGAACAAGAUUUGGAACAAGCUCUCCCAAUUAGUUAUAACAGUUACAGUCUGGGAGUAGAAGGACAAUGGAUAUGUAGCACAGAUCUACUGCAGGAUUCGUCAUAUAAAAGAAGGCCAAGGCUGCUUCCACAUAGCAUCAAAAUGUACACGUUUAUUCCUCAUGACACAAAUGGCUUGCACGAAACAUCAGUACCAGCACUUCCUGGAGAUCCAUUUCAUUCCCCUCAAAAAAAGAACAUUAAGAGGCAUUUCAUGCUGAGAUAUCUGCAUCCCAAGAAGCGUGCUCUUCAGGCAUAUUUAUGGAAGCACAAAAGUUCCAAUUCCUUUACUUUCUAAUGUUUUGGGAUUUUUUUCAACUGUGAUUUUAUCUUAACUGAAUAUGGACUUUCAGAGGGGAAGAGAUGACAUUGACUGUCUUUAAUAGAAAAUAGUUUACUUUGAUGAAAUGGCUUAUUAUUCAUGUUGUUACAAUGGAUUCAUUUGAUCAAACAGCACAUCAUUAGGAUUUAUUUCUUCAAAAUAUAUAGUUCUUUUAAUUAGUCAUUUUUAUUUGAUGAUUAAGUAUACAAUUGGUACAUACAUAUAACAAUAAACCAUUUUCUGUG